UAAACGAAGAAAAAUGCUUGCUUUUUUCCUACAAUUACACUUCCAGAGUCUCCUGUCUUUCAAAAGCUCCAGACCGAUUUAGCGAGAGAGAGAGAGAGAUGGCAGAUGCAAAAGUGGAGACGAUCUCUAGGCUAGCCCAAUGGAGGAUCGAGAACUUUGGUCCUUGCUCUUACAAAAAGUCUGAUGCUUUUAAGGUCGGAAUCUGGAACUGGCACUUGUCUGUGGAGAAGAAUCGGUAUCUGUAUAUUCGUUUGUUUCCAGAGGCAUCUCGAACUUCCAAAGAGCAGCCUCCUAUUGCUAGAUUUGUUCUUCGUGUUUCUAAUGCUGGUGCUAAUCGCAGGCCCUAUACCUCUCCUGUUCAUGAGAGAUUGCUGCGGACCUCUGAUGACUUUGUCUGGCCGGUCGAUUCCAAUUUUCAUGGCCGCUUCAUUAUUGAUGUCGAGUUUCUGGAUCUCAAAGUCUGCCCUCUGAAUGGCGGCGAAGCCAGUUCUGUAUGGCCUAAUGAAGGUAUGAUGCAAUCUGUUUCAACCCAAAACACGCUUCGAUGUCUCUCUCGCAUGCUGGAUGAGGCCAUCCAUGCUGAUGUUACGAUCCACACUGCUGAUGGCACUAUAAGAGCACAUAAAGCUGUUCUUUCUGCAAGUUCACCUGUUUUCCAGAGCAUGUUCCACCAUGAUCUCAAGGAAAAGGAGUCCUCUACGAUCUACAUAGAAGACAUGUCAAUGGAGUCUUGCACGGCCCUUCUAAGUUACUUGUAUGGAACCAUUAAACAACAGGAUUUCUGGAAGCACCGGUUGGCGUUGCUUGGGUCUGCAAACAAAUAUGAUAUUGCAGACCUUAAAAAUGCGUGCGAGGAGAGCCUUUUGGAAGACAUUAAUUCUGGAAAUGUCCUCGAGAGGCUGCAAGAAGCCUGGCUUUACCAGUUAGACAAGCUGAAGAAAGGAUGCUUGACUUACUUAUUUGAUUUUGGCAAGAUUUAUGAUGUUAGAGAAGAAAUCAACAACUUUUUCAGACAAGCUGAUAGGGAACUGAUGCUGGAAAUGUUCCAGGAAGUGCUGACAGUUUGGAAACCUGUAUAAUUUACCUUGUGAAGUCACCUUUAUGGAAGUACUUAAUUUUAAGUUGUCCAUUAUGUAAAUUUCUUCUCCUGUUAUGGUCUUAAGCGAAUGUCAGGCAUUCCAAGUGUUUACAUUUAUGUCUGAGCAGCGGUAUUCAGGAUGUGAAGUUUCGUUUAUGCAGUAGUAACUAAUGCAGAACUCUGGGUUUGAUCUUAAAAGAUCAAGUAAUGUACUUGUUGAUAAUCCGAAGACAUGGCUCAAUAUCUGAUACGCGCAUAGGGGAUUAUUUUUUC